AUGCGCCGCGGCCACGUCCCGCACCUCUCCAUCAGCGAUGACAACCACCACGUCACAGAGGCCAUAGGCGACCUCUACGGCGGCGACAGCGACGCCGAUAGCCCCAAGCGCUCCUCGCGGCCCCUCAGCUUCCUGCCCGACGCCCUGAGCGACACCAUCCACGCCCCCUUCGACCCCUUCAACGCCCUGGCCCCGCCCGCCAAGUCGCCCCUACGUCCCCAGCUGCUCCCCGACAGCGCCGCACCUCCGCCCUCGUCCACACCCUCCGCGCCCUCGCCCUCACCCUCGCCGCCCUCGAUGCCCUCGAUGCCCUCGACGAGCCCCCGGCCCGCCGCCACAAUGUCCCCCCCGCUCUCCCGCUCCGCCGACGCCGACGCCGCCGCCCAGCCGUUCCCCCUCAACGGCCUGGACUACGAGUCGAGCCCCGCCGGCCUCGCCCAGGAGCUCAGCAACCUGCAGGCCAUCCGCCGCAUGUCCAUGGACGUCCACAGCGCCGACCCGGACCUGCCCUCGUUCCCCUCGUACCCCUCGCCCCCCGUCUCCCCGCCCGCCCUGUCCGCCGACGACGACGACCACGCCAACCAGCUGUUCUGGGUCCCCGCCCGCCUGCACCCCGAGCUGGCCCCCAAGGAGUUCAAGACCUUCAUCGAGGAAAAGGUGCACACCAUCCGCCGCCGCUCCGGCGACCUGGCCUCGUCCCUGUCCCCGGAUGGCCCCAUGGCCCGCCAAGACUCCACCGCCGCCGGCCUGCGCCGCAAGAAGUCGAUGCUGUCCCGCCAGAUCGACACGGGCUCGGGCUACAAGGACGGCGCCGAGCGUCUGGAGAGGAAGCGCUCCGGCACCCAGCCCAGCCGCGCCCUCUCCAACCUGCAGGAGCUCGAGCACAUUGUCGAGCACCCGGCCGCCACCGUCAGACGCACGAGCAUGUCCAGGAGCCCCACCCCCGAGUCGCUCGACGGCGACGCCCCCAUCAUCCCAGGCGGCAUCGCCGCCGGCCUCGGCACCCUCAAACGCUCCACCCGCACCACCUACAGGCGAGGCAGUCUGCGCACCCAGGGCCGCGUCCCGCUCUCGAGACGCCUCGUCAGCCGCAACCCCGACACCGACACCGACGACUCCCCCGCCACUUCGCCCACACACCCAGACGUGCCCGAGCUGCCCAAGCUGCCCCACCUGAACCGAGUCCAGUCCGAGCCCAUCCACGCCGCCUUUGAGCCCUCCAACUUCUCCCGACCCAGCCGGAGGCCGUCCCCCACCGAGGACGAGCCGCAAACCCCCGCCUCGGCGGACCCUACGACACCCCCACACUCGGCUGGGCGUGGCCAAGAGGAGCCCAAGCCGCCGCAGCCCAAGGCUUUCCACUCGAGGAUAGCCUCCAACGGCCGCACGAGCGCCUUCCUGCCCGGCUACAACGCACCCCAGCCCCAGCUCGCAUCGCCCGUGCCCCAGAUCAUCGAGACCCCUCCGCCGCAGGAGCCGGAGCGAAAGCAGCCGUACCAACUCCCCGAGCGCACCACCUCACGCCAACCCCCGCAGCCACAGCAGAGACACGCUCAGCACGCACAACCGCAGCCACAACAGCCACAACAGCAACAGCAGCAGCAGCAGCAACCUGGUGGACCCAGAAGCCAGCCCCAGCCACCGCGGCAGUCUCCGUCGACUCGACAGAACAAACAUGCGCAGGCGGCUCAAAACUCUCCCAUCAAGCCACAGCAGUCUCUCGACGACCUGACCCAGCACCCCUCGCCCAUCCCCGGCAACCACAGCACACGGGUCGACAACCUAUCCAUCAUUCCCAGCUUGCCGGUGCCAGACGACAAAAAGGACAAAAAGUCAAAGGACAAGAAAGAGGAGGCGCCCAGGAAGACGAGCUGGGGCUGGCUAGUCGGCACCGACAAGAAGGACAAGGAGAAGGAAGACCGCGAGAAGGAAGCGGCCAAGAAGGUCAAGAACAAGCUCAGCAAGCCACAGGACAAGGCCGACGACACCCGGCUGGACCUGCUGCAAUCCUCCAUGCAGAGCGGCAACCGUGGUCGAGAGAGUGUUGUGCUGGACCGCGAGAGCGUCAAGCUAGAAGAGGAGCGAAAGAAGGAGAGUCUCCGAAAGGCCUCGGGCGACAAGAAAGAAAAGGAGCCCGGUCUGCUCUCUUCCAUCUUCGGUGGUGGCAAGAAAAAGGGCGAGAAGGAGUCGAGUCACAAGAAGAACGCGUCGCGUGGGCUGUCUCCCGAGCCGCCACCACGCAUCCUCAAGCCCGACAUCGACUACAACUGGACCCGCUUUUCUAUCCUUGAGGAGCGCGCCAUCUACCGCAUGGCGCACAUCAAGCUUGCGAACCCCCGUCGGGAGCUCUACUCCCAGGUCCUGCUCAGUAACUUCAUGUACUCGUACCUUGCCAAGGUACAGCAGAUGCACCCGCAGAUACAGAUUGGCAACUCGAAACAGGCAAAGCUGGCUGUAGCCCAGCAGAAGAAGGAGCAACAGCAGCAACAGCAGCAGCAGCAGCAGCAGCAGCAGCAGCAGCAGCAGCAGCAGCAGCAGCAACAGCAACAACAGCAACAGCAACAACAGCCGCAACAGCCGCAACAACCGCAACAGCAGCAGCCUGAAGAGUUCUCCCAGUAUCAGCGGUACCAGCAGCAACAGCAGCAACAGGACCAACCAGACAAGUCGAGCGAGUGGCCCAGCGUGUACACCCAGCAGGAAAACGCCGGACAACACAACGGCUACCAACAGCAACAGCACAACAAGUACGGCCAGAGUCCCCGUGACAGCCACCACUCACAGCACAGCGUGAACGGCGGGGGCUACAGCGUCUCGAACAGCUCCAACUAUCUCGGACAGCCGGUGACGCAGGGACACGCUCCGCCGGACUCGGACAAGAGUGGAGACGAUGACAUGUGGUAG